AUGAAGGAUUUGGGGAAAGCCAAGAAGAUUCUCGGUAUGGAGAUUACAAUGGAUAGAGAGGGAGACAAGCUUUGGCUGACACAGAAGCAGUAUUUGACCAAAGUACUACAGCGUUUUGGUAUAAAUGAUAAUUCCAAACCUGUAAGUACCCCGCUUGCUCCUCAUUUGAAACUUAGUUCUCAGUUAUCUCCAAAAACGGAAGACGAACGAGAAUAUAUGGCGAAAGUUCCCUAUGCUAACGCAGUUGGAAGCUUGAUGUAUGCAAUGGUGUGUACAAGACCAGACAUUUCACAGGCCGUUGGUAUUGUAAGCAGAUACAUGCAUGAUCCAGGAAAUGGUCAUUGGCAAGCUGUGAAAUGGAUUCUGCGGUAUAUCAAAGAUACUGUAGAUAUUGGUUUGUUGUUUGAGCAGGAUAAGUCACUUGGUCAUUUUGCAGUUGGAUAUUGUGAUUCCGACUAUGCUGGUGAUUUGGAUAAGCGAAGAUCUACUACUGGCUAUUUGUUCACUUUAGCGAAUGCGCCAGUUAGUUGGAAGUCUACCUUGCAGUCAACGGUAGCUUUGUCUACGACAGAGGCAGAGUACAUGGCCAUUACUGAAGCUGUGAAGGAGGCAAUUUGGCUUCAUGGGUUGCUGAAAGAAUUAGAAGAGGAAAUUGUCAUCAGAAAGGUUCCGACUUUGGAGAAUCUUGCAGAUAUGUUGACCAAGGUGGUGACAAGAGCCAAGUUUGAACAUUGUUUAGACUUGGUUAAUAUUCUGCGAUUUGGAGCUAGCGCUUAA